ACAACAUGAAACCUGUCCUGCUUUGCUGCUUAUAAAGCCAGAGGCCCCCUAGGGGGACAGAGCACAAGGCAUCACAUACUUCACAAAAUGGAGAGGCCAUUGUUAAUCUUGAUAGUAAUGUGUUGUUACCUUUACAAUUGUAAACUUGUACUCUCUGGUCAGUCUAUUGAAUCACCUCAGUACAAGGUGGUGCACUCAGAAUCAGAUUUUGAGCUCAGACAGUACAGAGAAUCCUCAUGGAUGUCUGCUCUUGUCAGAGAAACAACCUCCUUUGAAAAAGCCACCAAAGAUGGCUUUCACAGGUUGUAUCAGUAUAUUCACGGAGCUAACCUUAACACUUCAGAAAUUACCAUGACUGCCCCUGUCUUAACAAGCAUUGUCCCAUCAGUGCAUGGGCCAGCAGAAUAUUAUGUAAGGCUGUAUCUGCCUGCCAAAUAUGAAAGAACACCUCCACAGCCCUCCGGUGAUCUGAAUCUGCAGUUUGAUAAGUGGAGAAGCCAUUGCAUAGCAGUCAGAAAGUUUACAGGGUUUGCCAGGGAUGACCAUUUUCAGAAAGAAUUUGAAACUCUUGUGAACAGCCUAAAUAAGCACUUGAAUGGAAAGCCUGCAAUUUUGGAAGACAAGAGCUCCUAUGCGAUUGCCCAGUACAAUGCUUCAUAUCACCUUUCUGGGCGCUUAAAUGAAGUGUGGAUGGAUCUCUCUGGAUUUACUUCCGACUGCUGAGAGACAGACAGACAUGCAAGUUGAUCUGGCUAUUUUAUAAUUUCUCGCAGCAAUUAGCAAA